AAACCUGAUGACAGUCUCGAGAAAUAUUUUUUUCGCUCCUUUCGUUCCGACUGAGAAUGACAGAAUCGUUGUUGUGAACCGUAGUCGCAACGGCACCGUACGGUUGUCUUCAACAUCACUCUUGCCAUCGACAACCACAACAUCAGCAACAUCGCGUCACAGCAUCACGGCAUCCUGGUCCUAGUCCCUGGAACUUUCUCGUUUGACUUUUUUUGCAGUGCUGCAAACGCACAACCUGUCGUGGCGUGCAAAUAUUUCCAACCUUCGGCCAAAAAGUUCAGUACACCAUGAAGCAACCUUUGCCUUUCAUCAGCUCCGCACUACUUCUUUCCCUAUUGAAAUUAUCAGGCUGUACCAGUGAGAGAGAGGAACAAAUAUCGGCAGUUGACAGCCAUGUCGGAAUGGAGUGUUUGGCGGAAAAUACAGACUUGGAUUCUUUUCGCUGCAUAGCUUCGAAACAGUCAUUGAUCAUCCCUUGUGUGGAUGUGAAUCCGAAGUGUGAAUACUGGGCCAGCAUGGGGGAAUGCAACAAGAAUCCGCAGUUCAUGAAGAUCGAUUGCCGGAAGUCUUGCUUGUCUUGCAUUUCGUUACACCCGGAUGACGAGCCACAAGUGGCCUUCGACGAUACUCGGGUCGAGGUUCUUUGGCACCUGUAUAAAUCGCAAGAAUACCUUCACGCGAAAGCGACGUCAAACAUAGCGAACCUAAAGAAUUGUGGCAACAACUAUGCGGAAUGCACCCAUUGGUGGGCGAAGGGGGAAUGCGAAACAAAUCCUCGAUUCAUGAAAACCGAAUGCCGCCUGGCGUGUCGAACAUGCUAAAAUUCGGAAUUUUGACAAUGGAUAAAGCAUGCUUGUAUCGAUGAUAUGGUCGCAACGCAACGUGUGAUUCUAUUGAAACUCAUUCCAAAAAAAUUCUAAAAAGACUUAAAUGCUACGUCGAACCAAAUACCAAUGCCGACUGCAGUGCUAUCGAUUCACCGCUAAGAAGUGACGUCGUAUCUGGUGUUGGGAGAAUUUGCUGUGCUUGUACAAGUAAUUUCGCAGUCAGAAAAUGCAAGCUGGAAAACGCUAUCUUUUUGCACCUCUGUUUUUCCGCCGAUGGCCGUAUUUUCUUUGAUUCUUCCCCCGCUGGCGGUGUGAUUCGUCUUCAGAUCGGCUUCCUUUCUUACCGCCACCGUUGCGGUAUUUGAAUUUUCCGGAGAGGAGAGUCUGCAGCAUCAUUUCCGAAUCGUACACCUCGGAUGGACUUCGGAUUUCCGCCAGAAGAGGAAAAUUGAUUGUGAGACUGCUCUCGUUGCCCUUCGCUUUCUUUUCGGGAACACGGUACAAACCCAAAUGACCCUCGAAUUUCCCGACGUCCCCCCCUAGCUCCUCGAGAAUCGCUCGUGCAUCGUCCGAAGCCUUGUCCAUGGUUAUUCCACCAAGAGGAAUGACCAGAGGUGUCGGGGACACAUUCAACAUAGGGAGGGUGUGUUUCCAAACCAAUAUGUCUCGUUGCAUCUGUGGGGUGCUGCCUUUUCUGCUCGGCGGACUCGUGGCAGCAGCAGGCUGCGACGUCUUGUAUUCUAUCUUGGACACCAGCGAGAGUGGAUACAGCGUGAAGGCCGUCUGAAUCAGUAUGCUCAGCCCCAGUCCGCCAAAGCCAUAGAUCGGGUUGGCGUGGAGUGCCUCGAUCGGACUCGCAUUUACCGCGGGAACGAAGUCAAAGACAUACCACAGCCAGUACACGGAAUUGGCAGACGAUGCCAGAAACGACGCCCUGGGGAGCGCGUUUCGAGCCGUGUCUCGUCGGUAGAGCAGUACGACGCUGCCGUCGUCGUUGUCGUUCUGGUUACCACCGCUUGGACUUGGAUUCGGGAGGGCCGACAGCUCUCUGGACGCAAAGGGAAGAACCGGUGUGGGGAAUCUCCUUUUGCGAAGGACCGUUUGGAGUUUGUGGCGAUGCCGAAGCCCGGGUCCACGAAUCAUGGCGCUGCUCUCCGUGCGUCCCCGGCCAGUUCACUCGUGGCGUCGAAACUCUAGCAAUCUCUUGGCCUUCCGACGAAUGCCGCUCCCAUGGUGGAUGCGGGGAAGGGUUGUGUUGUGUCGGGGUGGUCGGCACUACGAGUGCUCGUACUCGUACGUGCUAACUCCGAAUGAUUGUGGGGAUUAGUCUGUGGACGGACUGACUCACUCGACUCGGGACUCCGGCUCUGUUUUUUCGUAUCGGUACCGGUACGUAGAUAAAAAACUACUGUACUACUAGUAACUUCGACUGCACUACGUGCUACGUAAUCCCUCUACCUGUAGACUUCACUGUAAGGUACGUACCGGUACGAGUUAGCACGUUCGAUAACCGACCUUGCCCGCUACUCCGAUUGGUCUGCUUCGGUGGCAGUGGAAGUCGAAGGCACUGUAAUAGGAACAAUAACCUGACCCCUAAUAUAUUAUAUACAUAUAU